AAGCGGCUCAGCACAGGUGGGCAGAUUGCAAUGCUGAGCUCCAUCCCCUGUGCUCUGAGGCUCAACAGGAUGGCUGGGAGCUCCCGAGGCUCCCCAAGGGCCCCAGUGCUCCCAGCCGUCCCCAUCCCACUGCUCGCCCUGCAGGCUCCUGGCACCAUGAGCGCGGCUGAGGAUGCGGCGUGGCUGCGCUGGGUGACGGAGCGGUUCCAGAGCAUCGCAGGGCAGGGUGAGGAAAUCGGCGUGGAGGAGUUCAAGGCGGCCCUUCAGGUGAAGGAGUCCUUCUUUGCUGAGCGUUUCUUCGCGCUGUUUGACGUGGAUGGCAGUGGUACCAUCAGCCUGGGGGAGCUGCACGGUGCCCUGAGACUGCUGCUGCACGGCACUGCUGCCGACAAGCUGCGCUUCCUCUUCCAGGUCUACGAUGUUGAUGGCAGUGGCUCCAUUGACGCGGCUGAGCUGCUCCUGGUGCUGCAGGCCUGCCUGCGUGAGAGCGAGAUCUCACUGCCACCACAGCGCCUGCACGACAUGGCCAGGGUGCUGCUCGAGGCGGCCGACAAGGAUGGCAACGGCUCCAUCACCUUCCAGGAGCUGCAGCAGCAGCUGGAGGCCUUCCCGGGGCUGAUGGAGAACCUGACCAUCAGGUCUACUCAGACCCCGCUCACUGCUGCUCUGCUUGCAGGCAGGCUGGCACAGGCUGGGCACGGUGCCCUCUCCGAAUUCCUGCUGAUGGCACGUCCCGAGGGUGGGGGGCUCGGUGGCACAGCCCCACAGACCGGGCUGGCCCUGCAGGUGCUGCUGUUUGCCAUGCUCGCCUUCUCCAGCCCCUGCGUCCGCCGUGGUGGGCACUUCGAGCUUUUCUACUGGAGCCACCUCUCCUACAUCAUCAUCUGGGCUCUGCUCUUCUUCCACGCUCCCAACUUCUGGAAGUGGUUUUUGGUUCCCGGGGGCCUCUUUGUGCUGGAGAAGGCAGUGGGGAUGGCUGUGUCUCGUGCCAUGGGGCUGCGCAUCGUGGAGGUCCACCUGCUGCCUUCCCAGGUCACCCAUCUGGUGAUCCAGCGGCCGCGCUCCUUCCACUACGAGCCCGGGGACUACAUCUACCUGAACAUCUCAGCCAUUGCUGCCUAUGAAUGGCACCCAUUCAGCAUCAGCAGUGCUCCUGAGCAGCAAGACACCAUCUGGCUGCACAUCCGCUCUCUGGGGCAGUGGACCACGCGGCUCUAUGAGUUCUUCAGGCAGCCUGAGCCCCUGCAGCUCCACGGGAGCCUGGAAAGGAAGAGGUGUUGGCAGUGGGUGCAGCCCACUCCCUGCACUACCUCAGGCACAUUGGGAUGCUCUGUGCCCAGCACUGGGGAUGCAGCCAUUGAACUGACAUCGUACCGACGCAGUGGGGCACCCACCACCUCCCGAGGGACUGAGGAUGGGGACAGGGAGCAGGACACAUCUCUGCAGGUUUCUGUGGAGCUGGGUGAGAACCAGCAGCUCUGCAGUAUCAAGUGCUACAUUGAUGGCCCCUACGGGACCCCAACACGCCGGAUCUUCACCUCAGAGCAUGCUGUGCUCAUCGGUGCUGGCAUUGGCAUCACGCCCUUUGCCUCCAUCCUGCAGAGCAUCAUGUACAGGUACCACCAAAGGAAGCAGAACUGCCCCAAACGUGAGACCCUGUGGGAUGAGGACAUGGCACUCAGAAAGGUUGACUUCAUCUGGAUCAACCGAGACCAGCAGCACUUUGAGUGGUUCCUUGACCUGCUGGCUGCGCUGGAGCUGCAGCAGGAGGAGCAGGAGCCGGGAGGUGAGCGGGAUGUGGAGCAUCCCACACCCCAAAUCAGCCCAGGGUAUCCCAGAUCCAUCCUGAGGCACAGACAGGUCUCUCCGCCGUGCCCAGGGCGCUUCCUGGAGCUGCACCUGUACAUGACAUCAGCGCUGGGCAGGAGCGAUGUGAAGGCGGUGGGGCUGCAGCUGGCCCUGGACCUGCUGGCUGCCAAGGAGCAGAAGGACUCCAUCACGGGGCUGCGCACCCGCACACAGCCCGGCCGCCCCGACUGGAGCCAGGUGUUGGGCAGGGUGGCAGAGGAGAGGAAGGGCAAGGUGCACGUGUUCUUCUGUGGCUCGCCAGCGUUGGCCAAAGUGGUCAGAGUGCACUGCGAGCGUUUCGGCUUCCGCUUCUUCAAGGAGAACUUCUAAAGACCAUCACCAUCCUCGCUGCAAGGUGACCCUUCCCAACCCCCUGGGAAGGGGCUGAGCUCGGGGCUGAUGGCACUGCUGUGAUGUGUGGCA